AGACGCCAGUUGGGACAUGCGCGCUACGGCCGCCUUUAGUAUUCGGCCAUUUUUGGUUUAGAUGAUAAAUGGUCAUGGUAAACAAAAUACUGUGUGAGUGAGAUGUUGUACGAAAGACGAUUUGAGAAAAUGGAGUAGAAAUGGCAAAAAGUGAGUGAAGAGAAGACCUUACUUUUUAAAAACGGGUAAUACACCCAAGAGCCGCUGUGAGAAUAGAAGUGUUCGCAUCAGUUUCCUUUCCAAUUUACUGCGGAGAAAAAUAUGAUCAACCAGCUACGUUACGUCACAAGAAAGCUGCAGGGUCAAACUUUAAAUGAGGCUUCGGAAAACAGCGGAAAGGUUGGCAGUGAGGACCGCGACUCUGGCACCGAGUCUGAUGACGAGCAGCCUUACGACGACCCUGAGCCCGGCAGCGAGAUGUCGAGUGAGGUGUCCAGUGGGUGUAGUGUGAGAUCGCGCCCCACCAGCCAGACCAGCACGGACACCCUCACCUGUGAUGACCUCCCAAUGGCUGGAGAUGCCCCUGACAUGCCCCCUGGUCGGAGGGCACGGACUCCCCGUCACCCCCACCCAUCUCUUCGAACCCCAGACCCACCUAGAGAAUCCCCUGCCUUAGAGUCCCCUAUUGAAUCUUUCCUGGACUCUGCGUUUGUAAGUGACUGUGAUGCCUGUGAUCCCGUAGAACAUCACUCGUCAGAAGAAGAGCUGGAAACACUGACAUGUUCGUGGUCCCGAGAAACAGGGCCCCCGGAAAAGCGCAAGUGGUCUCAAGUAGCCCGGCUCUCCCUUACAGACUCAGGAAGCAGUGACGAGGAAGUUUGUGUGUUGACCACUGGGUCACGCCCACCCGUCCAAUUUAGAACCUCCCCGCCCCUCGAGGCUCAUAAACCCCUACGCUCCGUCUCUCCACCAACAAAAAUGCUUGGUCUAGCAAGUAGUGGACGGGAAGGUUUAGUGUCAGCAAGUGGAGGAGGCGACGGUAGGGGCUCUCCUGGUGGUGGCGUCGGUGGCAGUGAGGGUGGGACUCCAAGGGCCGAAGGAGGAGCACGGGCGGCAUCCCCACGCAAGAGACACAGACACACUCCUCGCCCUCACCAGAUGCACCGCCCAUGUUUAGACUUUGAGAAAAUGCAACAGAUGAAGACCCGAGCGGUGACGCAGUGGAGGAACGGUGGUGAGCUGUCACUGUCGUUCUGCUAGUUUUCUGCUGCUAUGUGACAACCUCGAUGUUCCCAGUGGCAUGUUUGGGAAAUGAAAUUUGUUUGUGUUCUGUUUUGGGAACAAAAGAUUUUACCACAAAGGCAAGGAUGUGAAUCCUUAUUGCUCGCAGUUUUUUGAAAGGGUGUUGUUUGUGUUCCAAGAUGAGUUAGUGUUGAAUAAAAAAAAAAAAUGUUAUUACUUGCAACUUAAUACUAGAAUGGGAUGGGAAGUGUUACUAUGGAUAUUAUUUUAGGGUUUUCUGUUAUAUAGUGGAAAAUGUGGAUUGAGAUAUAUUGAUUUUUUUUAUAAAACUUUUUUUUUCUUUUUUUACAUACAUGUAUAUAUAUAUGUCAGGGAUUGAUUCAUGGAUGUACAUCUUUGAUACUGAUUAGUUUUGUUACAAUGUGGAAGUUGAAGCCAGAGAAUAGGUAUCCUGCUAUAACAUCAGCCACAUAAACAUAAAAGUAAUGCUCUUGUUAAAUCAAAUGUGAAGGGAAUGUGGAUUUGUGUGUAACCUUUGCAUUAGAGAUUUUGUCUUUUGUAGCUUAAUAGAACUAAUGAAGUGCAAGUGUAGAAAGAAAGAGAGUGAGAGUAAGAGAGUGUAAAUCUGCCCAAUUUUGUACCUGAUUCCUAAUUUAAAUAUAUGUAAAGAUAAUUAAAGGUUAAUAUAUGUUGAAGACACACUGGUCACCAUCUGAGUCGGAAUUAUUUUGGCUUUUAAAGGUAAUGCCAAGUGGCUGUGUUUUUAAUCAGCACCCAAUUAGAGUACAAUAUUUUUUUUUCCAAGCUGUCUGAUAUUUUAUAAUGAACUAAAAACUUAUGUCUGUCAGGAACAUACUUAUCUGGAUCAAGAGAUUGAAGUUCUGCUGCCAAGGACAUACUUGAAAUGGUGUAAAUAUGUUAGGGAAAAUACUGUUUUUGAAGCAACGUAAACAAUGCAGCUUAAUCAUGUUGCAAAGAAGCAGCAGAGCAGAAUGGGUACAACUCUCAGCACUUUAUAUUUGACACAAUACAUAAAUUGCAGAUUGAUAUUUCCAGAAUGGAAUGGAUGAAAGCAUUAUGAUAUUUUGUUUGGCCAUGGUAUAGACUGCUAAGUUGAUUACUAUUUUUAUACAGUAGAGUGUGUGAAGGAUUACAGCUAGAAGUCUGAUGAAAGGUUAGGAUGAUACUUGGAAAGAAUGUUAUUAAUGAUUGGUCAAAAGGAAUUGAAAUAGCUUCAUGGAAAUUCCUGUCUCAUCACAAACAUUUAUUAAGAAGUAAAAAAAAAGUAUACUGCAUUACAUAUAAAACCGAGAUAAUAAAAAAACAUGUUACACUAAGUGAUCAGAAAAUGCUGCUUGGCAAAACAAAAAGCACGUUAUUUUCAACUAAUCAUUAUUUAUGACUUUAAUUAUAAAUUGACUCCCAAAUUAAUUCCAUAAAAUGUACCCAGCUUUCUCUUCUAAUGCAUAAUUCUCUGACCUCAUUGCAAGUUUACAUUGUUUAAAGACAAUGUUCUCAGAAGUAGAUGAGAGGUGCCAGGACAGAGAAUACUUGUGGGACGUGUAGUCACUGUAGUGGAUUGGUUUUUAAAUUCCUUGAAAUUACCGAUAUUGUGGCUAUUGUGACACCAUUUUUUUUUUGUUAUUCAUUUUUUACUUUUUCUCAUGAAAUUAUUUGAUGGAUGGUAAGCUGAUUCAAACUUGCUCCAGUUGCUACGUGUUGAUGUUACUUCUUCAUACAUUUAACGCUUUCCAUGUUUGAUCUUCAUGUGCGUGUUUACCUGAGGCACAUACAAUUGGAUAUUAAUUGUAAUAAGUGUAGGCCUUAUGAAUUUUUCUAAUGAUUUACCCCUUUAAAUGUAGUAACUUCUCCCUACUAAAGACAAGUAACCUGAGAUAUAUUUAUUAUCACUAUUUUUCCACGAUCCCAACUAAAUACGAGUAAAACAUUUGAAAACCCCGAUAAAUUAAUCCCUAGUAUUGCUUUUUUGGAAAUAUACCUGAAAUUUAGAUAGGAGGUACAAAUAUUAUAUGCACCGGUAAGAAUGAUAUCAAAGGCUUUUUAUUUUUUUUUUCUGGAUUUUGAAUUUUAUAGACUGUAUUGCAUGUCUGUGUGUGC